GGGUUUAAACACCGAUACAAUUACCAACAGUCCGGUUAAAGUCAUUGAUUUAAAGCAAGGUCAAUAUUUUGCAACAAGAGUCAAAGCAGACCUCGCUAAGUUAGCCAGGAAUUUCUACGAAGCGAAAUGGCCAAAGAAUGAGAGGAGAUUGCAUUGCGUCAUCGCAAAAUAUCUCGAGUUGUCAUCAACAAAUUACUUGCUCUCUUUUCUCUCAAAAGAUUCAUUCGCGACACGACAAAUGGAGGAAGAUUAAAGAUGGACGACCGAAAAGGGCGAUUACCAAUGAUUCGACCUUUUCAACUUUAAUCUUUAUUUUUUAUCUCGAUAAAAACGUUCAUUACAAUUUAUCUCUUUUACCUCAACAAAUAAACAACGAAAUGAUCAUUGACAAGCAAAUAUUCAUUAAGAAUUAAAUUAAAAAGCGUACCAUCUAACUCGUCAUACAUUUCGAGUGAUAUUGAUAAUGUGAGAUUAGAUAUUGAAAAUAUUGAUAAAUUGGAAGAAUCAAAAAUCGUUUGUAAUCCUGGCACCUCGUGGUCAGAUACGCAUAAAACGAAUUCAGGAACGUGUUGUAGUGGUAGACGAUUAUGGACGAGUAGUAAUAAAUAUGUUGAAAAAUCUCCGAAUGCUCCACUACAUGUAAAUAACAUCAUUGAAGAAGAAAGCGAAUUCAUAAGCAUGGUGACGAAACAAUUGUACCUGGCUGAGUCACAGAUGCAAAAGAUGCAAGAUCUUCUUUCAAAGGCGGAGGAACGAUUGCAAAACAAAGAUCAAGAAAUCGAAAGAUUCAAACGGAAGGUUCUUUAGCCGUGCUUUAGCCGUCUAAGAGUAAAUACACAUCUUACCGUGGGAUAAUGUUCGACGUCACAUAAUUUGGCUCAGGUGAAGGACUUGGAGAUCAAAUGCAAGAAUCAAGAGACCUUUAGGAAGAAGGAACAACAACGUAUAGAUCAAAUCAAGAAUUCGGAGUACCUUUACAAACGAUGCCUCCUACUCGAACAAAAAAUCCUUGAAAUGGAGAAGUUCUUAGCCGAUUAUGGAUUGAUUUGGAUUGGAGAUAACGACACUUCAACAUUAAAUACAGAAUACGGUAUUGAUUCCAGUAAUUACAUUGAGACUUAUUAUGAACAACUUAUCGCUAACAUCGAUCAAUUAAACGUAGCCGCAGGAAAAGGAGAGGUUUAUGUACAUCAUAAUGAAAAAGGUAGUGGAGCAAGUUUCAAGACGCAAUCUUGCGUAUCCUUGAAAUUUUACAAGAACGGAAUGACCGUUCAAGGUGGUCCUCUGCGUCUUUACAACGAUCCAAAAACAACUUCCUUCAUACGUGAUAUCCUCGAUGGUUAUUUCCCAUCAGAGUUACAGGAAGCUUAUCCAAAUGGUGUUCCUUUCAAAGUAAUUUAUUUCUUUUUUCUUUUUGUAUCACCGGUAGAAAAUCAUAGAUCAGAAGUUUAUACAAAUGACGUUAAUAUUUUUCCUGGUCAUGGUUAUCGAUUAGGAAAACAAUCGUCGAAAGAUAGAUCAUCAUCGAUUCGACUUCGUAAUUCGAAAAUUUUAUCGAGUCCUUCUUCUCGUCAAUGCAGUCCAAGGAAAAAAGAAAAUCCUUGUCAAAUUGAAUUUGCUCCUUCCUUCACCGCGAGAUCAUUGAAAUCAAAACAUUCCGCAGAAUCUCAAUCGAUCGAUAUAGUUUCAUUGAGAUCUCAAAUUUUAGCUUCACACAACAACGUCUGUUCGGAUUCUCAUCUCCAAUCUCACAUUAAUGCCGAAUUAGCUUUGAGUAGUCGUAGAGAAAAACGAGAUCUAGCAACUAAAAAUACCGAAUACGAUCUAUCAGUAAGAGAAAAGAACUCAAAAUUGACAAAUAUUUUAAGAUAUCCAAGUAAUAGACGAAAUAAUCAACGUUCUUACAUCGAUAGAUCUACUUCCAAAUUAUCACCAAUUCGUUUAGAAAAGAUCAACAAUCGUUCACGAAUUCGAUCAAGAUCGGCAAGUAUAUCGAAUCGUCGUGUUAAUGUAUCCAAUGUUUAUAAAUCAAAAGCAUUAUCCGAAGAUGAAGCUAAAAUGUCUGUUAAAUCUUCCGAAUCGGAAUCCCCGAGAAAUCCACGAAUUUCUAAAUCAGCAACGCAUGCUAGGAAAUCAGCUCCUCCUAUCUUGCAUCAGAUUAACGAGCCCAGUGGAAAGUCCGGGGAACUUCGUUUGAAGGUGAGAUCAUUGAAUGGCGGCACUGUUUAUCUCGUUCACUUAUCAGCAGACGAUUCCGUCGCCAGACUUUACGAAUUGUUAAACGAGGCUUUACCAAUAACUUGGCACAAAGGAUACAAAAUCCUUGUUAGCGGAUAUUCACCAAAACGAUUAGAAGAACUAGGUUUGUCCUUGAAAGAAAGUGGAAUUACACGUGACAGCGUGCUUCAUUUGGUAAACAUUGGAUAAAUAAUAUUUAACAUUUUGACACGAUUAUUAAUAUUAUUAUCACAUGUGUAAUUUUAUUUAUUAAGGAAAACAGGUAAUAUGAUUAUCUAAUUUAUCUACUUUAUUAAAUCGUUUGAGUCGUCUUUAUGUAAGUGAUUAUAUAAAAGUUUUAAAAGUGGGAAAGAAACAAGAACUUAUUGCGAAGAUUGUCGGUUUAUUCAUAUCAAGAAAAAUAAGAAAAAAAAAAAUUAAAAAAAAAAUAAUCUCGUUAGUUUUAAUCUAAAUUACGUAGCAAAGUGUGAAUAAUAUUAUGACAAUGGAGUCUAAUCAGAAAA